GACGCUGUCGCUGGGCUCAGUUUGACACUACCAUCAUGUGGAAUUCUGCAUUUCUCCUCGGUUUGGUCCUGGUUUUAAAUGUCAGUGCGAAAAAUUUAAAAGCAACCUCUCUUCCGGCAACAACAGCUAACACCCGGCCACAAACAAAGAUCCGUCCUGGUCCACAUAGUAGGGGAUGCCCCUCUUCCUGGGAAAAAAUUGGAACAAACUUUUAUAAAUUUUUCAAAGAAAAGAAAACAUGGGCAGAAGCAGAGAAAAAGUGCAUUGAGUUUGGCGGACACCUUGCAUCUAUCCACAAUUCACUUUCUCACAAAAAUCUGAAAAGAUUUGUGAAAAACGAAGGUGGUGCUCUGACUCAGACCUGGAUUGGUGGUCAUGAUGCAACUCAGGAGUUUAUUUGGUUUUGGAGUGAUGGAUCGAGGUUUGAGUACAAUGCCUGGCACAAUGGUGAGCCGAAUAAUGGAGAAGGAGCCGAAAGAUGUGUGGAGAUGGGUUAUGGAGAUGAACAGCUUUGGAACGAUGCUCGCUGCAGCAACAAACAAUCAUUUCUUUGUCAGAGAUCAGCCAGGAUUGGCUUUGACGCUUAAAUUUGAUGAAAAUCAUAUUCUGUCUAUUUCAGAUCUCCAACCAGUGUUGCCAGGUCUUGCUAUCCAAAAAUCUAUCAAAACUCUAUAAAAUGUUACUUUUCAUAGAUAUUGCUGAAAGUAACAGACAUGCUUUUGAAAUGUAAUAUUCAUCACUGCAAAAAAUAAAGUGCAAGUUAAAAAUAUACAA